UUUGAGCUAAAGAUAAUGGCCGAACGCAAACGCAACUGGGACAAGGAGGACGACCUGCCGGUUUAUCUCGCCCGACCGGGAACGACUGACCAGGUACCCCGGCAAAAAUACGGUGGUAUGUUUUGCAAUGUGGAAGGAGCCUUCGAGAGCAAAACCAUAGAUUUUGAUGCCCUGAGUGUCGGGCAGCGAAGUUCCCGGACCGCUAAAACACAGAAUAAACGGGAAGCAUCUCAAGAAGUGAAGAGUCCCGACAGUGAGAAAACCAGCCCGUGUACGGAGACUCUCUCUGGAGAGCCCGAGCCGAGAGAUUCCGGCAUAGAAAUAAAAACUACCGGAGGAAAAGAGGUCCUUCAGAACCUUGACGACUUGAAGAGCGACAGGCUUCUGAUCAAAGGAGGCAGGAUCGUCAAUGACGACCAGUCGUUUUACGCCGAUAUCUACAUGGAAGAUGGCCUCAUCAAGCAAAUUGGAGACAACCUGAUCGUCCCAGGCGGGGUGAAGAUCAUCGAGGCCAAUGGGAAGAUGGUGAUUCCUGGGGGCAUCGACAUCCACACCCACUUCCAGAUGCCCUACCGGGGCACCACCACAGUGGAUGACUUUGCCCAGGGCUCCAAGGCCGCCUUGGCUGGAGGGACCACCAUGAUUGUGGACCAUGUGAUCCCUGACCCGGGCAGCAGCCUGAUCGAAGCCUUCGAUCGCUGGAGGGAGUGGGCGGACGAGAAAGCCUGCUGCGACUACUCCCUGCACGUGGACAUCACUCACUGGAACGACAGCGUCAAGCAGGAGGUGGAGACCCUGAUCAAGGAGAAAGGAGUGAAUUCCUUCCAGGUCUACAUGGCAUAUAAGGACCUGUACCAGAUGAGUAACAGUGAGCUGUAUGAGAUCCUCACUUUCCUGGGGGAGCUGGGAGGCAUCGUGCAGGUCCAUGCAGAGAACGGAGAGAUCAUCGCCGAGGAACAAGCACGGAUGUUGGAGAUGGGAAUCACUGGGCCCGAGGGUCAUGUCCUGAGCAGGCCAGAGGAGCUCGAGGCUGAGGCGGUGUUCCGAGCCAUCACCAUCGCCAGCCAGACCAACUGCCCCCUGUACGUGACCAAGGUCAUGAGCAAGAGCGCGGGCGACAUCAUCUCCCAGGCCAGGAAAAAAGGUAAUGUUGUGUUUGGUGAGCCAAUCACAGCCAGUCUUGGGACAGAUGGGACACACUACUGGAGUAAGAACUGGGCCAAGGCAGCUUCCUUUGUGACAUCACCUCCACUUAGUCCAGAUCCCACCACCCCAGACUACCUGAAUACCUUAUUGGCCAGCGGUGAUCUGAGCGUGACAGGAAGCGCCCAUUGUACCUUCAGUGUGGCCCAGAAGGCCAUUGGAAAGGACGACUUCACCCAGAUCCCGGAGGGGGUCAACGGUGUGGAGGAGAGGAUGGCACUGAUCUGGGACAAGGCAGUGGUCACUGGCAAAAUGGACGAGAACAUGUUUGUCGCUGUGACGAGCACCAACGCGGCCAAGAUCCUCAAUCUGUACCCCCGGAAGGGCCGGAUUGCUGUGGGCUCUGACAGCGACCUUGUCAUCUGGGACUCGGAUGCUGUCAGGACGAUCACAGCUAAGACGCACAACUCGGCCGCCGAGUACAACGUCUUCGAGGGCAUGGAGCUGCGUGGCGCCCCCCUGGUGGUCAUCUGCCAGGGCAAGAUCGUCCUGGAGGACGGGAACUUGCAUGCCACCUCCGGGACAGGACGGUUCAUCCCCUGCACCCCCUUCCCUGACUUUGCCUACAAGCGAGUCAAGGCCAGGAAACAGCUGGCUGUUCUGCGGGCAGUUCCUAGGGGCAUGUACGAUGGGCCUGUGUCUGACUUCACCCCCAUGUCCCGUGGCGGAACCCCGUCCGCCUCCACCCGCACCUCCCCCACGAAACAGACCCCACCUGUUAGGAACCUCCACCACUCUGGCUUCAGUCUAGCAGGUAACCCUGCGCAACGCGGUGCCCCCACCACAGAGGAAACCCCCAUCCGGCCAGCAGGACGGCGUAUAGUAGUGCCCCCUGGUGGCCGCUCUAACAUUACAUCUCUGAGCUAAAGUUAGAAAAAAGAGAAAGAAAACCACAGCCACUGGGAAAGGAGACAUGAUUGGUUAAAGUUUAUGUCAGACAAAACACUGAAUCCUCAUGCCUUACCAAUCACGAAUGCUACCUGCUAUAGCUUUAAGAGCAUAGUAUUCCUUCUCCUCAGAAAUCCCAGGUCAGGCAGUGGAACCAACAACAUGUAAAAACAUAUAGGCUCUGGAGUUAUUUCGUGGUUAAAGGUCAUACCGUCACACACACUGUCAGUGUUCUGAAGCUAAGCUUUUAUCCCUGAAGAAUACAAUGACCUCUAGGUAACUUUACGACAGGACAGAAAAUUUCUCCUAAUUGCUCAUAUUAUAGCAUCUCACUUAACUAUCCUCCUCUGUCUGAGUGUAGUUAUAUCACCAUCAUUACUAAGUACAACGAAGAACAGUUCAAACCUGUUGAUACGUAUUCCUAAAGCAAGGCUCACAGAAUGCCAUUCUGGGAAACCAACUGUCUAUUACCUGCUUGGUGCAUGUUUCCCAAUUUCAUAAUUUUUCAGUGUUGCUUCAUUUUGUAACGCACUUAAAUGUUCUUUCCUCAAAAGGGUUUGUUUGAAUGUGAGGCAGUAGAAAUCAUGGAUGAAUCUGAACUAUUUUCCAUAGUUCUAUCUUCAUUUUCCUGGAUUUUUCCAUGUUUUGAAUAUCCUGUGACCAGUGCCUCACAGAUAAAUGCUUGUGUACACUGAUGAUAUACAGUACUUCACUAUACUUUCAAUAGCAAUUCAGUCAUUUCCUCUUUGUCUGCAAGUGUGUUUUCUAGGAAAAGGAAUACUAUUUCAGAAUGUUGCUUUGUUUUUUGUUUGUUUUUUUUUUUGGUUAAGCUUUCAAUGUCUCUUACUAGUUUGCGAUAGUCCAUAGCGAUGAUAACAUGCAAUACCAUCAACCAUAGAUAGGUGGCAAUGUGAGUCUGAUAGAUGUAAUGUAGCUUUGUGAAUGAUGUUGUUUGCUGUAUCCUUGGGUUAUUAAACCAGGAAUAUUUGAUAGCGUAAUAAUUUAAAAAAAAACAAGAUAAAGUGUACCUGGUGUACAGAUUUUGUACACAUGCAAGAAGGCGUUGGUAGAGGAGGUUUUCAUGUUUUUCAACGCGCUCUUCGCUGGCUGCAUUGUGGGUGAUUGUUCUUUGCAUUUGCUUGUUAAUCUCAAUCUUAAGCUUAAUGCCUGUUCUAAUCUUACAUUUAGCUAACAAUCUGGGAAAAGGAAAUUCAGUCUUCAGGAAAAAAUGAAAUACAAAAUGUCAUUUUCUAGCAUAUUUAACUUUGGCCAUGCAAGUGAUAUUGGGAGUUUUGAAAAUAUGAAGAAAAAAAAGAGAAAAAACCUGCAUUGAAAUAACAACAAUGUAACACUGACCUUUAAUCACUGACUUUUAAUUUUCCCUUUAACAGUAUAGACUCCCUCUUUUCCUAAUGUGAUCAAAUGCUGAGAAUGCCUAGCCACUGCUCCAUGAUCAGAGAGGAGCAGUUCUCAGUUCAGGCCUUCAGUAAAAGCAUACAUUUAGCACCAUGGCUUCAACUGAGUUGAGACUCCAUUCUGGCAGACUAGAUGGGUGCAAAAUUUUGCCCUUAAAUUGGUUUGGAAUGGGGUCUGUCCUAUUAUGUGGUGACUUUCUGACAUCUCUCAGCAGUACUGACUCCAAAUUGCAAACCUCACAGUGACCAUGACAUUAGAGAGAGAGUCUUGUCAUUAGCCAGCACCCAAUAAAGACCUUUUAAUGUGUGGGGAGAGCUUGUUGAUCUUGUUGUCAUUCAGAAAGUUUCUGGAUGCCUCUCCUCUCAUAUUACAAUGCACAGAAAUGGGGCUUGAAUGAUUUUUUUGUAUGUUUUUUUUGUGCUCAGUGAGGGAAGGAAUGCUGUUGCUUGCUGGGUGCCAUUUUUAGCGAUCCCAAUCAACUGAUGAGGAGAGGUGAUGUUUUACAGAGAAACAGAAUUCCAGACAUUUCAAAGGGUUGUUCUAUUUAUGUUAGUCUGACUGUUUUUAUGUUCUUCUUUUUUUUACCAUUUUAUCAAUAACCCAGAAAAUGGCAGGUCGAAAACAGACAAUGAAUUGUUGAGUGGUUGUAUGAAUUUUUCCUGAAUAAACAUGAGUUGCAAUCCAA